UCAAUGGAGAGAAAAUGGCCGAGAGUACCUACCAACUCGUUCAGCUAAUCUCCAAAAGAAAAAGCCAGCACAAAGCUGUACUGGAAGGAAGCCACCCUCCCGCUCGUCACAGUCCUCCCGCGGUGAUAAAAGCCUCGAGACGAUAAUAAGAAUCUCGAGCCAUCCCGCCCGGUACCCUCUCACCAAGACACCAAAGAAGCUCGAUCCUUCCUCCGUCGGCCACGGCCCUCCCUUUCUUUCUCCACGCGACCACGCGAAUGGAAAAGGAACUAAUCAAGGAAGUAGGCAACUGAGCAGAGCACGGCAAAGCAAAUUCAGGAGCCAGUUGGCUUUGCCGCGGAACCUUGACGACGCCGGCCACUGCUUUCGCCUUUCCAUUUAUUCCGAGAACCGGGCGCAGGCCGGCAUCACCUGCAUACAUGGCGCCGGCGACGGCAACGGCGGACCAGGGAGACAAGCCAGCGGAAAAGGGGCGGAGCAACUCCAUCCUGCUCCCCAUCCUCGGCAUCCUCCUCGCCUACCUGCUCUACCGCUACGCCCUCCCGCGCCUCCGGGGCCUCCGCCUCCACCGCUACGUCUCCGCCAUCCGCAUCCCGCUCCCGGCCUGCCUCCGCAACCGCCGGGAUGGGAGCGCCACCAUGCUGCCCUACUUCGCGCCGCUCGCCGACCGGCUCGGCGGCGCGCUGCAGCCCUACCUGGGCCCCAUCGCCGACCGGUUCGGGCCCGGGCCGCCGGGCCCGGGCCCGCACGGCGGCGGGUACGGCGACGCGCUCGUCAAGUUCCCGGGCGGCGAGGCGCUGUCCGUGGCGGCCAUCCUCGAGGCGCCCGGGGAGGUGGUGGGCAAGUCUUCCCACAGCACGGUGUACCGCGCCGCGAUGCGGUCCGGGGAGGCGGCGGUGCUGCUCCGGUUCGUGCGGCCCGCGUGCGCCGUGGGCGCAGAGGAGGCCGCCGCUGCAGCCAGGCGGAUCGGCGCCGUGAGCCACCCGAACCUCGUGCCGCUCCGCGCGGUGUACGUCGGGCCGAGGGGCGAGAAGCUGCUCGUGCACCCAUUCUACGCCGCCGGCUCGCUCCAGCGCUUCUUGCAAGAGGGAAUCGCCGACUCGCAGCGAUGGAAUAUAAUUUGCAAGCUUUCUGUCGGCAUUGCCAAGGGACUGGAUCACCUGCACACAGGGUCAGAGAAGCCGGUCGUUCACGGAAACCUCAAGACAAACAACAUCCUGCUGGACGCUAACUACGAGUGCAAGAUAUCGGACUACGGCCUCUACCUUCUGCUGAACCCGGCCGGUGCCCAAGAGAUGCUGGAGACAUCGGCAGCGCAGGGGUACAAGGCGCCGGAGCUUAUCAAGAUGAGGGACGCCACCAGGGAGAGCGACGUCUACAGCCUGGGAGUGGUUCUGCUUGAGAUGCUCGCGCAGAAGGAGCCGUCCAACAACGACAAGAGCGCGCCGACGCCGAGCUCCCGUGACAUCUUCCUGCCCGUCUCAUUCAAAAACCUGGUCCUGGAGAGGAAGAUAUCCGACGCGUUCAGCUCCGAUCUCGUCAGGCAAAGCAGGAAGGCGGGGAACGAGAAGAGCCUGAAUGCGUUCUUCGAGCUGGCCACGGCUUGCUGUAGCCCUUCACCGUCGCUGAGGCCCAAUACAAAGGAUAUACUCAGAAGGCUCGAGGAGAUAGCAAAGUGAAUAAUCAGUGGGGGUAGGUUCACCAGCUUGGCUAGUUGCUACUCUAUCAGCAUUGCAUUACAGCAGUACUAUGGACCACUGAUGAGAGUGAUCAGUGACAGUGAUGCAUUCAGACAAUCAGACGUUACAUGAUGAGACGAGGCUGAAGGAAUUUCUGCUGGACGAUUGGAGAAUGGACGUACGUUUCAAAUCUUUGAAUCUCCUUGGAAUGUAUAAAUUGCCUCCAACUCUCCAUAGAAGGUAAAUGCAGAGGAGAUCGUCAUAAGAUAUACUACUAGCUAGGGGUCUCCUUCAACUUCGAUGAGAUUACUCGAUUGUAAUUUUCUUGUGCUUUACUUGAAAAAUCGAUAAUGUAUCUGAAGUGAGAAAGGCAUGUGUUAGUAAACAUGACUGGUAAAGCGUAUUAUUAGUACACUGCUAUAACUGUAGAGCAUUGUGAUGUUCUCGAUGCU